AUGAAAGAAGACAUUUUUGAAGUUUUAAGUUGCAUCCAAGAUAUCAUGAAUCAAUUUAUAUGAAGAUUCUAAAAAUACUUACUUGAAUUCCUUUCGAAUACAACAUCAAAACUUUUAUGAAUCUAUAAUCAAUAAGAAAGUGAAUACAAGUGAGAUAAGAAAGAAAAUAAAGAAAAUAAAGAAAAUCACAAUUUUCUUGAGAAAAUUUUAGGAUCAUAAAUUGAAUAAAGAUGACUAUUCUCCAAAGACUUACAAAAUUGUAAUAUAAAAUCUAAUAUAGAGUACAAUGAACAAAAAGGGGAUUAUAGAUUUUAUAAAGUGUUUAGUUCUCCUCAUAAGCAUAAAUGUGAAAUUUAUUCAAUGUUGAUCACAUUGAUUAUUCGGUAGAAGGUUGACAUUAGGAACCAAUCCUUUGGGAAUAUCAAGGUAAAAAAUUUCUUGGCUUGAAGGUAAUUUUGUUCAAUGCAAAUUGAAGGAAUCAGAAUCCGGCAAUUUAGACAUAAAUGGAGUCGUUCUAAAAGGGGUUUAGUAUUUCUAUUGA